AUGGUGAAACGACUGGGCGAAUGGUUCCCUUUUUCUUCUGAGUUGUACUGCAGGAAACUAAUAUUGUAUGAUCGCAUGUUUUGGGAUGCGCAUGAGGAGCCACCUGUGGAGAAAAUGUCGCCCUUUUCCCUGGCCACGUGUGCUUUUGUGUGUGCAGCUCCAUUUGGGGGAUCCGUCGCUGUCAUUCAUGCCGUACCGCCCCCAACCAACGCUGAUGAUAAUGAGGAAUUGGUGGCCUGCCGGGUGCAUGUGUACACGAGCGCUGGUGAGUUUCAGGCGAGUCUGUCUCUUCCGGGGGAAGCGGGUUUACCUAUCGACAUGGGAUGGACGAAGGAGGAGGUUCUUGUCAUACUAACGGAUCAACAAGCCUGCGUUUUCUUUGGAGCUAUUCACUUGGGAAGUUCCUCUUUGAAUUCAGACGGCUCUUCAUCCUCGUGCAUAAUCCGGCUGCGAGAUCAUGCUACAUCCCCAUCUUCUCAUCCCGCGGGUAUUUAUCUUACUCCAACAUUUCUUACUUGUAUGCAUCCCGAGGGAUUGUUCUGCAUCGAUGAAAACAGGUGGAUGCGGGGCCUGAUGCACGUGGAGCGUCAGAGCCCAAAGGUGCAGGAUCCCGUGCAGUUUGAGGCUGGACUUCUCCCCACCACCCUUGACUUUAUUCCAGCAGAAUGGAAUGAUGAGGGUGAUACAGUGUUUUACCUGACAAGCAGGUCGCGGCUUCAGAAGGGGGAUAGCACGUUACAUGUCUUUACCUCCAGCCAUGGCUUGAAGGAAAAGGUGCAGAAGCAAAUUCCUGGCAGAGUUUUGGCAAUGAAAGUAAACCACUCUGGCUUGCAAGUCGCACUAUUUACUGACCGAGCGGAAUUGCACAUAUUGUCGAGCAACCUGAAAUCUGUGGAAUUCUCUAUUAAGUUGGGCUCACGUAGUCGAAGGCCGAAAAAAAUGGAGUGGUGUGGGUCGUCAUUUAUCGUUCUUCACUUUAAUGAUGCUGUCUUUCACGAGUACUACUCAUCCCCCACUGUUGCGCCAAUGUUUUCUCUUAUUAUUCCAACCCUACCGGAGGCAUCGGUCAAGUACGAAAGGUUUGAUUGGGAGCGCGAAGGCAGUGGCCAUGUCGUCACCGUAUCGGAAAUUGAUGGUAUUCGAGUCAUCACCGAGAAAUCCUGUUACUUUCUCGAACAGGUACCGAAGAGCCUUGUUAGUUUGUGCCGAGUCAAACCAUUAUCUCUCUCUGCCCAACUGGUCGCUGCUUACGCUGACGGAAAGAAUUGCCUGCCCACAGUGUGUCGGUUGCUGUCAACGUGGGGCGGUGGGAGCUUCGCUGGCAGUAUUGACGAGAUUAUAGAUGCCGCAGAGCAUGAGUUUUCCCCGGACCAGCAGCAUCUACUGUUGGCCGCAGCUUCCUUCUCGAAUGAGGUGCAUCGGCUGUAUGACUCGGACACUUUUGUAGACAUUGUGCGGCGUCUUCGUGUGCUCCACACUGUGCGAAACUAUCCUGGCUGCCGAAUACCGCUCUCAUUUCGUCAAUACUGCACGCUCUCUGGGCUGGAGCAGAUGCGCUCACUUGCUCCCUCUGAGGCUCAGGUGCUGGUAGAUCGUCUGGCUAAUCGAUGUUGCUUCCAAUUGGCAUUCGAUAUUGCAGGUGCGCUCAACACGAAGCCAUUGCGGUUGCUUUCACAGUGGUCGUGCCAUAAAGUACGUGAUUCUUCACUGGAUGACGACACCGUUUACGCGCACAUCCGGGAUGUUCUCCAGCGUUAUCCCGGUUCCAGCUACGUGGAAAGCUCCGUAGUUGCAUUCCGUAGUGGUCGCAGCGCACUGGCCUUUGCACUUCUUAAGGAGGACGUUAGUGUGCACAGAAAAGUUAUGAUGUUUUUGUUACUUGGCCAGUGGGAACUUGCGUUACAUUGGGCGGAUCUUGGCGACGACGCCGAUCUUAUUCAUCUAGCACUUGUCUAUGCUAUAUCAUCGGUGGAGGAUCAUUCUAAGCUCUUCAACGUGCUAUUGGGUCAUCCAACGGUUUUGGCAUGGAUGCUGCUUGGGGCGCGGCUGUUGCCGGCAUGGCGAACGCUUAUCAAUGGAAUAUGUAGGAAGCAAUUUGACUUCAAUAUCGCACUUUACUGUGCACGUAGCUGCAUUGCACGUGCGCUUGAAGGAGGCAAGGGUAAAGCCAAACAAGAGUCGUCAGGGCGGUCGCAGGCGCUGCUAAACGAAAAUGCGUCUCAGACGAUCGCGGAUCAAUUUUAUAUGCCUCCCGAUGGGAGAAGUGAUAACCGUACUUUCACAGCGGUUGAUACACAACUCGAGUCCAUACUUCGUGCAUUAGCAUCACCGUCCCUAGAUGACGCCUUGGCUGCACUCGGGGAGUGUCGAAAGGUGGAACGCACUGUCAGUGGAAGUUUUGGAGAGGUUGGCUCCUCCACCGCCACGAAGAUCUCUUCGACGGUGUUUCCACCCAUCUUUGCCGAGACGAGCGACGGGGAAUGGCGGUGGCUCUCUAUGCACUUUGAGCUCAUAGAACUUCAAAAACGUCUUGCGGCGGAGCACACUGACCCACGCUUCCUUCGAAGUAGCGUUGGGCACACCCUCUAUCUCUGUCUCACACACGACGACGAAGGGAAAGCGAAAGAAUUGCGAGCCAAGUACCGUGUCAGCGAGAAGAAGUAUACCUAUACAAAGUUAUGUGCCCUUUGUGACACUGGGAGAUGGGCAGAGGCGGAGAAACUCGGCGGGGUGUUGGGUGGCCGCGUCACCUCCAGGCCGUCUAUCGGUUACCAGUCAUUUGUCGAGCAGUUCGUUCUCCACUCGCGGGUGGAAAGCGCAUUGCUUCUCAUACCAAAAUUAGAUGAUGUCACUAGACGAGUAGACUGGCUCAUGCACUUGCAGCAGCCGCGACUGGCUAUUGAUGAUGCCUUCCGUGAAAAAGACGCGGACCUCAUCCAGCAUGUUUUAAAAAGGACAACCGACCUGCCAGUUCGGGAAUACGGACUACGGUGCCUACAGGAGCUAAAAUAA